AGGAAGGCGGAAAUGAAGGACAGGUCCUGCAAAAAGAAUACUCUGCACUAGAAAUAGAAACCCAUGCUUCUUUGUCGUGUCCCAAAUGGAGGGGAUUUUGUGGGAUUAAUCCUGGAUAGGAAGGCUGAAAUGGAGGACAGGUCCUGCAAAAGGAGGACCUGUGAUCACCUUGGACUGAAGGAGGGAGGAUGCAUCAAAGCUGGGAAAGAGGGGGUCCUGGGUUCCCCCAAAUCAAAAAGGAAGAAGGAAGAGGCAAAUCUGGGUCAACCAAGCAGUGGAGUCUGCAGAAGAGAGGGAACCCCCUUUGCCCAUCUCCCCAGGCAUAUGGGGCGGUGAGUGGGGCAAUGCAAGGGCCAGAAGAGGCCAGAUUCAUCCCAUCCUAUAUGAAAACAGACUGGUAAGGCAGCAGUUUUGUCCCCUCCUCCAUGCCUGGCUCUAUAGUAGUUCCCUGCAAAAGAUGGAGGUGGAGGCUGGCUCCUUUUCUUCCCAGCCAGGGCUACUGGGAAAAGAGAUCAGAGAGCUUCUUCCUGCAAAGAUAAAGUGCCCUCCAUCGAUUUGGCUCUGCCCAUUUCCCCUCCUUUGCCCUCUUUUUAUUUCUAUCCUCUAGGAUGCCUCUAGGAUGGAGAAGCAGCAAGAUGUGGCUCGGGCGGUGGAGCUUCUAGAGCGGCUGCAGAGGAGUGGGGAGGUUCCCCCCCAGAAACUGCAAGCCCUUCAGAGGGUCCUACAAAGCAAAUUCUGCUCAGCCAUACGGGAGGUCUAUGAGCAGCUGUAUGACACACUGGAUAUUUCAGGGAGUCCUGAAAUUCGGGCACAUGCCACAGCUAAGGCAACUGUGGCUGCCUUUGCAGCGAGUGAGGGUCACGCACACCCUCGAGUAGUGGAGCUACCCAAGACGGACGAAGGCUUGGGCUUCAACAUUAUGGGGGGCAAGGAACAAAACUCUCCCAUCUACAUUUCCCGCAUCAUCCCAGGAGGUGUAGCUGACCGCCACGGUGGUCUCAAGCGUGGAGAUCAGUUGCUGUCCGUCAAUGGCGUGAGUGUGGAGGGAGAGCAACACGAACGGGCAGUGGAGCUUUUGAAAGCUGCACAAGGCACCGUGAAGCUGGUUGUGCGCUAUACGCCCAAAGUACUUGAAGAAAUGGAGGCACGCUUUGAGAAGAUGCGAACGGCACGGCGCCGGCAGCAGCACAACAGCUACUCAUCCCUGGAGUCACGAGGAUAAUAUGCAUCAUCUUCUGGUUGCUUGGGCCGCUGCCUGUGACUCCCUUCCCGACCCUCCCAAGAUGGUUUUAUCUGUAUAGCUGGAGAGAUAUUUAUCUACCUACCCCCUUUGUUGGGAAGUGGGCUUCUAUGUACAGUAUUUAUUCUCCACAUUCCUCUUAUUUAAAUAUGUUCUCUGUG